AUGGCAGUGAAGGAGAUUCUGAUCUCGGAGGAGACCGACUCUGCUAUCCGUGAGGCUACGCGAGAAGUCGAACUGCUGCGCAGUUUGAAGCACGAGAAUAUCGUGAAAUACUUGGGCUGUCACGUGGACAACACCGCGCAGACGCUUUCAAUCUUCACUGAAUGGGUCCCCGGAGGAAGCCUCGAGCACAACCGUAAGCUUUUUGGCGGUAAUGAGCGCGUCGUCCGUCGAUUCACCCACCAGCUUCUCUCUGGCGUUGCCUAUCUUCACUCGAAAAACAUUAUUCACCAUGAUAUCAAGCCGGCGAAUAUCCUGGUAGACCAGAAUGGCGUCGUCAAGAUCGCUGACUUCGGUUCUUCUCGCCUGAUCAACAGCGCCACGAUGGCUAGCAAUUCUUCCCGAUCGUUGCAUGGCACACCUAACUACAUGGCUCCUGAAGUCAUCAAGCAGACUCAUGGGCGCAACCGCAAGGCCGAUAUCUGGAGCGUUGGCUGCACUGUGCUGCGGCUGCUUACAGGACGACCGCUCUGGGGCGACCGUCACUUCGACGCGCAGGCUGCUCUGCUCUACUACAUCGCAAACCUGCAGGAAUUGCCCCCGUUACCCGGCGAACUAUCGCCAGAAGCUCGCGAGCUCAUCUUGGCCUGCCUCCAGAUUGACCCAGCAAAUCGCCCCAGCGCAGCGGAGUUGCUGGAAUUCCCGUUCGCCAAGUGCGCCGGUCACAAAUCUGAACCUGUUGCCCCCGAGCCGGUGACAGCAGCCCCAAGGCGGCACACCAAUGCCCCAAGACGCCACACAGCACCGGUAGUACCCUCCCCACCCGUCAGUCCCUCGCAGCGCCCGCGCCGAUCUGAGCGUCACCAUGAAUCGUCGAAAGAGGCGAAGGCUGCUGUCAACGAAACUCCAGCCGACCAGACUCGACGAGCAUCGCUUGUUGCAACAUUGUUCUCGCCAAGUGAUGACUCCACAACCAGAUCCGGGAACAAUGAAGACCACGUCGUGUCAAGAUGGGACGACCGCCCGAUCAUCGCAGCCGCAGCCCGAAAGGAACGCGAGAAGUACGAGGCUGAACUCGCUGAAGCAUCACGCCGCAACCAAGAGCGCCAGCGCAGGUAUCAACAAGAGGUCGCCGCGUACAUUCGUGAGUCAUUUGCUGGACGAUCGUAG